CGGAGUUUUGUGUAUCUCGCGCGUAAACCGGCGCGUAUAUUUACGUUACGCGAAAAUGUGAAUGAAGGUGCGUUGUGUGUGUGUGUCGUUUUGGAAUGCAGUGCGGUAAAAAAUGCCCUUUGUGCAGCGUGUGAUCGAGCCGAAAUUUGUAAGUCGUCCGUGCCUCUUCGAUGCCGAUGGUAAACCGAAAAUAAUUGAUUAUGAAUUAGAGGCUGUUACAAAUAAUACAUUAAGCAAUGCGAUACGGCAACUCGCAUCGUUGGCUUUGGCGGCCAACGAUAUUUUUGUGGAACUUGCCAAACAACUUCAGCUGGUCAACGAGAGAUCGGAGGCGAUUAAAGGAAAAAUUGGUGCCUUGGAGGAAAAAGUGAACGCCUUCGACCCUAAGAAGAUUUCUGUGCCUGUGAGCGAUAUCUGCACAUUUUCUCGCCUAAAAGAACAUUACAAAACGAAUCAUGUUGCCUCGACGAAUCUAUUUAACACCGAUACCCGUCCAACGGCAGUUCAACAACUUUAUGAGGCCGCCGCUAAAACUCCAAUACCUCUCAUGCGACAAAUGGAUCGUUGGCGUCGCGACGGACAUCGUUCAUCGAAAUUCUUUGUCUGCACUCCUGUAUUGGGCGAACGAAGAAAGAAAAUACGGACCAGGGUCGAUAUCGACAUUGAAACUCGAAUGCCGGCCGCUCUUGACGACCUCCGCAGAUGGACAUCGGCGGAAGCGUUGGGCGACGUAACCAUCGGGCCGAAUUGUCCUAAUCGUAUCGUUCCAAACGUUACAUAUUCAGACGGUAACGUGACAGAUGGAACGAUUCACUCGGAUGACGAAGCAAUCGAUUAUAAAUUACCCUCGCCCGAAGAACAACUCCAAGUCAUCGCUCUUAAAUUUCCCGCCGAAAUUGUUGCUGUCGAUGUAUCUGGUAAGGCGUUUAAUCGAAUGUCGAUACAGAGGAGGUCUGUUCUUCGCGGCGACCCUAAUCGAACGGAGGGCGACACCAUCCGUCUCAGAACGAGAACGCGGAAGCCGAGAAGUCGACGGAGGAAUACUCUGGCGGGUACGGAUCAGAAGGAAAUACAGGACGCGAUAGUCGCGGGAGAGGAAACUUUGGAACAACCCGACGCGGAAAGUAAAAGCGAAACGGGUUGCGUGUUUCGUAGUAAAAGUAGCGAACCUCUACGAGCGUCGAAAAAAGAUUCGUCUUUGGAGAAAAAGUCGCACUUCUCUAGUUUAAAGCAGUGGGGUAAGAAUCGACUAAAAAUUCUAAAUAAAUCGGAUUCGUCGAAAUCGCCUCCGAAGUGCGAAGAUGGAGAUGUAAAUGUUUACGAAACAAUUACGCUUAAACGCAAACGAAGCUUGAGAGAGAAAAAAAUUGUGCACGAACGCAACAAUUCGUGCUCGUCCUCGGAAAAAUCUAGCAUUAAUUUACCAAUUACGACACCUUUGGCCAAUUUAGCCGUUAAAUUACGCGAAAGUUCUGUACAACGCCGGUUGAGGCGGUCUGGAGGGAAUAAGGAUGAGCCACACUCUUCUAGUGGUAAUUGGAGUGCCAGCUCUGAAAGUGGUAGGGCAUCCAUUGGUUCAGAAAUAACCGGUACAACUCAACCAAAGUCCACGACGUCGGCGGCCACCUCGAGUAAUUCACUAAAUGCGCACCCUCCCAGUUCGGUGAACAGUAAGCGAAAGUUUAACAUCAACACUUCCGGAUCUAGCAGCAUUACAAGCGAGGGUACGCUAACCCCCGACAUUCACGAUUUUCACGAGGACGGAGAGACGAGCUCGGUUUACUCGUGCGACACCGAGGGCUACUACACCUCUUUCCAUAUGGACAGUGGCCUGAAGACCCUCAAAGAGGAGGACAUGCCAGUGACCCCAUUGCAUUCCACUAGCGCAUUUUCAAACACCAGCUCCAUAAACACGAUUUUAACGGCCGAAAAUGAGUACGAACUGUUCGGUAAAGGUUCGACGUCAACUACAGCGAGUUCAGCCGGUACCGUUUGUACUACACUAAUAGCGACCGGUAGCAACAAGUCUCUUGCCCUUGCGCCCGCCGUUCCUGAGAGGAAAAGCUCGCUUACAAAAACGAACGAUAAUUCCCCUGGAAGUUCCUUGGAACGUGAGUUCGGCAGUGAUAAAACCGGGACCGUGAAACGUAGCCCGGCCAGCGGAAGUAAGUCGACGGUGAUUGCACUAAUCCAUCAGCAAAAUAACGGCGAUAUUUCGCCGGACAGCGGUCACAACACCUCCAGCUCGCCAAUCGAAUCUGCCAAUAGUCCGAACGGUGUCAGAAGUUGUUCCGAGUUCGAAUUUUCGGAGUGCUCCGACAUGGAGGGCGCUGACAGAAUAGAACGUAUCAGAGUAAAAACCACGAUUAAUUCUAGCCGUAUUCCCUCGAUGUGUGUAAUCACACCACCACAUAGCGAUGACGACGAAGAUCAAAUCGGAAAACCCCAAACGUUUCGACCUUUAGAAACUGAUUUGGACAAGCUCCCAUUUGCCGACACUGAGGAAGAGCCGACGCGUAUGAUGAUAAUUAACGUCAAUCCGGAAUCGGGAUACGCCACAGUCGAAACCAAAAAUAUUCUAAAUGCGCAAAUUAGCGAUUUGACUAAGGCGCUCUCGAGUGUUCGGGCCGCUUCUCCAAGCGGGGGAACUGUGGUAAUUAAAGAGGAAGUGACAAAACCGUCCCAUCAGCCCAUUUUCAAGGCGUCACUUCUUCCUCUGAAUAAUGUGCUGGGCAAGCUGAAAAGUAACAUUGUCAAUUUCUCAAAGAGAGACAAGAUUUGUUUAAAGAACGUCGACGUGAUCGACGGUUUUGCGGAUGAAUCGGGCGACUAUGUGACGAUAGCCGAUAUUAAAAAUAAUAACGAGAAAGUUCCUAUUUAUGCCGAAACUAUACCUCCACCAGCUGAGUAUGUUUCACUCAAUGAAAUUUCAUCGGACGCGGGGGAUUCACUCGAGCGGAAACGAAGGCAAGGUGCCAGAGUGACUCUAAACGCCGAAGGAAAAGUGGUAUAUACCUCCGAUAGUUUAAGACGCCGGAAAGGGGCGCACACGACUUUCGAGCCUGGCCCGUACGUCAAAGAAUCACAGGUGCCGUCAGAAAGUCCAGUUCCAGCGCAUAGAAACCUGAAGUGUGUUCGGCCGGUGCAAUCACAAGACAACCUGCGGUCACUAUCGCCACCGCUUGGACGAGUGGUGAUAAAAGCGACAAGUCCAACACCUGAAAUAGUACGCGUUCCGCCAACCACCAUAGUAACCCCUACAAUCAGGCCUAUUUCUCCAAAACCCAUAAAUUCGCGUGGAGCCUACGUUCACAUGCAAGAUGCACGCGGGUCUCUAUCCCCUUCCUAUGAGAAAGGUAAGUUCCAACAGAAAUCCAACGCAGUUAAACGCACCGAUAGUUACCGCAUCGCAAAUUAUCACACCCCUAACAAAAUUAUUUCGAUUAAUUUGGAAGAUCGUAUCGAAAAAGAAAUCGCGGCGGAACUCUGGCGCGAGAGAAUUAAUUAUCCGCCGUCAGUAUCGCCGAAACUAUGCGAGCGACAGUGUCACUUGUAUAGUCAGGCUCAUGCGCGCGAAAUUUUGUUAGCAUCCCCUAGCAGGGUUACAAUUCCCAACGACAGUUUAGAGCAUCGCGCAAGGGUGUUGUCCGCGUCGAUUUCCGAUACCGAAAUUUGGUAAAUUCCGUCCUAAUUACGUUUUUACAGCGGUAAUGGUUCCUUCAAGUUUCUUAUCCGUCCUCUGCUUUGGUGAUUUGGCCAUAUUCAAGACUAACAAAAUGGUUGGUGGUAGUAAAAUAGCGUUAUUUGGGUCAUGAAUAUGGCUAAUUUACGGAAAGGCACAAUGCAUGUUUUGUACAAAGAACGUUGGUUUAUGUUAGCCCUUAGCAUCUGUGCCCUUUGUUUGUUUAUGUACAUAACGGUAGUGAGAUCUGAUCUUGUAUGAUGAACUUAUUGUGUGUGCACCUCCGUUAUUAUCACGCUUGAUAAUGUGUAAUUGUGGCAUCUGCAUGAUUCAUGUGUAAUUUGUUUCACAUGCACCUGUUGAAUAUAGCAAAUUGUGUAAUUACGCAACAGUAUUUUUUUAUGGUACAAGUAAUGUAAGAAUUGUACAGAAAGUGUAUUAUUUUAUAAAAUCGAUUAUUUAAAUUAGGCUCAAUAAACCUAAGGAAUUCA